UUCCUAAUUUGCAGCAUUAUCUCAUUUGAUCGAUUAUUAUACAUAAUCAUAUGCAUAAUUGAUUCUUAUCAAAAUCAUUCAACCAUGAAUGUUACCUUCAAAUUAUAUUAUUUCAAAGACUUUACUAUUUUUCCCAAAUUAGUAUAAGACAUUCCGAAUUGGAAUAAACGCGAGCCAAAACAGUAUCGAUUCUAUGUAUAUAUUUCCGUAAGAAACAAAAUCAACAUUUCUAUCGUGUUCGUAGCAGAUAAUUGGUAUUUUCAUGUUAUUGAGCAUAAUUAAUGUUAAGUAGAUAAAGUGCGGACCUUGAACUAUAAAUAAGUCGAAUUAAAUUGUAUUAAAUUACAAACUAAAAUUGUUUUCAAAUGGAUCGCAUAUUAAGAGGAAUUAUGCGAUAUCGGCAACUCGAUAGGAAAACUAUGGUUGAACAAUUUAAACAAGUUAAAAAUAAUCCAACGCCAAAAGCAGUGUUUUUUACAUGCAUGGACAGCAGAAUGAUUCCCACACGAUUUACAGAAAUGAACGUGGGGGACAUGUUCAUAGUUAGAAAUGCUGGCAAUGUAAUACCCCAUUCGCACCAUUUUCUCGAUGAAAUAACAUCAAAUGAACCAGCAGCCUUAGAAUUAGGAUGCGUUAUAAAUGAUAUAAGGCAUAUAAUUGUUUGUGGACAUAGCGAUUGUAAAGCUAUAAAUUUACUUUAUCAACUACAAGACACAAAUUUUUCUUCUCAGGUAAAUCGUAGAAAAUCGCCAAUAAGAGCAUGGUUGUGCGCUCAUGCUUGGUCCAGUUUAGAAAAAUUUCAGCAGCUAGAAUUAACAGAUUAUUCUAUGCCCCUAAUUUUUCAAGCCGAAACUCCUCAAAGAAAGUUUGUUGCGUAUAUCGAUCCUGAAAACAAAUUAGCGUUAGAAGAUAAACUUUCACAGAUAAACGCUCUACAGCAGUUACAAAAUAUAGCCAGUUACGGAUUUUUAAAAAGUAGACUCGAAAAACAUCAACUUCACAUUCACGCACUGUGGUUCGAUAUUUACACAGGCGAAAUUUAUUAUUUUAGUAGACAAGCUAAACAAUUCGUUAUCAUAAACGAAGACAACAUAGAAACGUUAAUGGACGAAGUGGAAAAUUAUUACAUGUAACACAAGAAUUAUUAUCAGUACUACACUGCUAAGGUUGAAUAUAUGGGAACAAUCUCAUUGUAUUUUUCCAGGUCUUAUUUUUUAUACAAAAAUUAAUAUACUAAUAUAUGUACAAUGAAGAACAAGUACAUAUUAAAUUCAUUUUUAUUUUUAUAAUUUUAAAAAUCUAAUAAUAAUUGAGGCAUGUAUCUCAUAAUUAAAUUUAUUAGUAUAAAUGUUUUGAUGGAAAUGGUUGUUUUAUCAUCAUGUAUGUAUAAAUGUAAUUAACUUACUAUAACGCGAAUAAAUUUAACAGUUUUUAUGAUUUAUUUAUUAGUUCUAUCAUCAACAAGAUGCCCACUUUUCGGAUCUAUUUUUUCCAAUUUACAAUAUAUAAUGCAUAAUUUCAGUCUACCUU